AUGGAGAAGUUUGCCACCCUAAUCUUGGUUUGCAGCUUCCUCAUUGUCCUUGUUUUGCUGCUUUCAUGCCAAGCAACAUCUGACGAAGUUGAAGAUGAGAGGGAGUUUAAUUAUGAAGAUGACAGUGAGAAGGGGCCAGCUCGAUGGGGAGAGAUUCGCCAAGAAUGGAGCAUGUGUAACAAGGGAUCGAUGCAGUCUCCGAUCGAUCUGUUAGAUGAUAGAGUUGAAGUAGUGUCAGAUUUGGGGAGACUUCAGGGUAGCUACAGGCCUUGCAAUGCAACUCUUGUGAAUAGGGGCCAUGAUAUUAUGUUGAAGUGGGAAGCUGAUGCAGGAUUUAUACGAAUAAAUGGAACUCUGUAUCAGCUCAAACAAUGCCACUGGCACUCACCUUCUGAACACACCGUCAAUGACAAGAGCUCUGAUUUAGAGGUGCAUCUGGUUCAUCAGAGCCCAACUGGAAAGAUAGCCGUGACUGGAAUCCUGUAUAAGAUUGGGGAGCCUGAUCCGUUUUUGACUUCGAUAAUGGAUUAUUUAGCAGACAUCUCUCGUACCAGUGAAAAGCAGAAAGUGGUUGGUAUGGUUGAUCCAAAGCAAAUAAAAACAGGCAGUAUAAAGUAUUACAGAUAUAUUGGCUCUCUUACAAUUCCUCCUUGCACACAAGAUGUUAUCUGGACAAUUGUUGAAAAGGUGAGGAGUGUCUCAAGUGAACAGGUCAAAUUCCUCCGCGUCGCUGUUCAUGAUGAGUCAGACACUAAUGCAAGACCAGUUCAACCGAGAAACAGGCGCGUCGUGCAACUUAAUAAACCCACAGUAGAGGAAGAGAAUUGA